CCCGGUGGCUGGCUUUCUCAUAUGCGUUUAUGCAGACAGACGCCGGUUUUCGAAGCGCUCAGACAUAACGGACGCCGAAGUUGUUGUUAUUUGUUGUCGUCGUUUGAUACACCUUCAAGUGGAUUUCUUCUUCUCAGCAGACAUCAUAUACCUACAGUUACGGUAAAUAAAUUUACGUUCAUUAAUUUUGAACUGCACAGGACGAAUAUAAUUGGAAGAAAAUGGAAAACCGGGCAAGGACUACGUUCGUGCUGCUGACAAUUGUAUUUGCUUUCGCGUUGCAAUGCGUUUCGGUUGAAGCGAACACCAAUAUUGCCAGUUCUGCUGCAUCCGGAGCCCCUGCACCCGUCAACCCUGCACCCGUCAACCCUGCACCCGUCAACCCUGCGCCCGCUAACCCUAUGCCCGCCAACCCUGCACCCACUGUUGUAUUGUCACCGGCAGAGAAUAUCGACAAGACAGAAACAGCUUCGUUGACGAAUAACAGCGUCUCGAAAAAUAUUGUGGAUAUUGAAGUAUACUAUGAAGCUUUGUGCUCGGACAGCGUUAAGUUUGUCUCAAACCAAUUAAUGCCUACAUUUAAUAAACUAAACAAGUUUAUCAAUGUGACAUUUAUUCCUUUUGCUCAAGGAAAUAUCACUGUUAAUGCUGACCAAACUUUAAAUUUCACAUGUAGGCGUGAAGGAGAGUGUGUCGCCGAUAGAGUACAUGCUUGUGGUAUUAAUAAAAUAAAAGACAGUGAACGUUUAAUAAAAUUUGUGAAUUGUUCUCUGUCCGAAGGAUACAAUAGUCCAAAUAAAACAGUGCCAAUCGACCUGUGCGGCAAAAAUAGUAACAUUGAUAGUUCUGUCAUUACGGAAAUCACUAAUUGCGCUACCAAUAAUACAGAAUCUAACCCAUUGUUGCAAGAUUAUAAGAAUAAGUCUUCUUCUGCCAAUGUGACAACUGUACCCAAAGUUUUAAUCAAUAAGAAUUCUACUCAAGACUUUGCAUCAACAGUACCUUUUAUGGAUGCCAUAUGUAAACAAAUUCCUCAUGAAUUGCAACCUGAAGAUUGCAAGACUUCUCAUAGUGGAUCAGAUACACUUGUUGUUGGAGUACUACCAAUAAUCAUUGGUGCUUUUUAUUUCAUAAAACUGAUCUAAAUCUUAAUAUAUAAGGAUUUCAAUAUUUUAAGUUUAUAUUUUAAAUUAACUAUUCAUCUUAUAAUCUGUUAGUUCUGUAAGUAUCUUUUUUUAUUACCUAUUAUUACUCAUUUACCAUAUUUAUUAUCUAGGUUGCCACACCCUUAUAUAAUUGUAAUUAAAAAUGUUAGUGUGUAUUCUUUUGUCUUUUAGACUUGCAUAGUAGUAGAUUGUAUGCGGUAGAACUAUUAGAAACACGCCAUGAUUUUUAAAGGACAUUAAGAAACAUAAAGAAAUGACUUUAAAUUAAAAUAUUAUGUAUUUUUUUUUUAAUCUGAUUAUCUAAUGAAAUGUUUUCAAGUGGUUUAAAUAUCUAUGUAAUAACCGUAAUACCUAUAAACAUUUCUGUAAGGAUCUAAAAUUAUUAUUAGUUAAAUUAUUUUUCAUUUAUUAUAUGUUUAAUCAUUAUUGUGAGA